UCACAUCUUGUAAUUUCUGGAAGCCUUGCAUCGAAGUGGGAGAGAGAGAGAGAGAAGACAGAGAGGGAGGGAGAUCCAGAGAGAGCAAACAUGCUGCUGGCGGUUCUAUUCGCCAACUCAGAAGGCAACAUAUUAGUCGAACGAUUUAGUGGAGUCCCAGCAGAAGAACGGCUGCAUUGGAGAUCUUUCUUGGUUAAAUUGGGAGCGGACAAUCUUAAAGGCGUAAAAAAUGAGGAGCUUCUUGUUGCUUGCCACAAAUCAGUGUAUAUCGUUUACACGGUGCUCGGAGAUGUCAGCAUCUAUGUUGUGGGCAAGGAUGAGUAUGAUGAACUUGCUUUGGCAGAAGUGAUCUUUGUUAUAAUCUCAUCUGUGAAAGAUGUCUGUGGGAAGCCUCCAACUGAGCGCCUCUUCCUUGAUAAGUACGGAAAGAUAUGCUUAUGUCUGGACGAAAUUGUUUGGAAGGUGAGGGGAUGCAUCAAAUUUUUUGCAACCUAUAAAGGCUUUUGUCUCUCUACUAUCAGUACUAUAAGAAUCACACAUAACUCUGUUCAGCAAAGAAAUAAACAAAUAAACAUAUUAACUUAGCUCUGGAAUGCUCUCACUACUCAAUCCCAAUUCCACGAUGGAAACCACUGAGGAAUCUGCAAAUUCCCAUGGAAUUCAAUGGUGAUUCCUACAUCUUUCAAAAUAAUGUUCCACCAAUCUCGUAUCAGUUAGUAAAAGCCUAUGGCAUUUGUCAUCCUUAAAACAAGGGUAACUUUGUGAAAUCUCUGGUUUAAUUAUCCAGUGUCAUAAUGGUAUUCUUUCAUAAUGUCUUACUUUUUACCCCUCUCAACACUUUAGGCAGCUAUGCCUUUUGGCUGCCUUUUAUAUUGCAUUAUGGUGCUGAGUAUUUUCUUGAUCCAUUUCUUGCCUUUAUUUUCUGAAGGGAAUGCUGGAGAAUGCUGACAAAGACAGAAUCAGGAGACUGACAAGGUUGAAACCUCCAACUGAGUUCUGAACUUGAAGCAUCUGCCCAUCAUCGGCCUAUAAGAAUAGCGCAUAGCAAGGCAUCUGUCUUUCAUGCUUGACAGCUAGAUUUUAUUUUCAGACCUGAAUUCUGGAUGAUCUUUUGUCAUUUGUCUUCAUGAGUGGAGACAAGUUUGUGUGAUCCACUGUGUGCUGAUUAAUGAGGAAAUACAAUGACUCAUAUUGUUUUGUGAUUUGGAAUUCCAACAGAAUGUAGACAUUUCGUAUGUGGUUUUUUAAAGAUUAUUAGAAACAAUUUCACUGAAA